CCGGGGAAGAAGGUUCACCGGGACCUAAAAUAUGUAUCGAACGUAAUUGUUAUCAGAAGUGUCAAAUAUAAUAAAUUAUGUAAAUAUUAAUCAAACAAAUAUAGUUAUAUUAAUACAUUUUUUCUUGAAUUUUAAGAUAUGACAGAUUUUCUGUUUAGGUGUGCAAGUGGGUUCUUCAGUCGGCAUUAAAAUAACUACAUGAACAAGCUAGCACGAGACAGUAAAUAAGGACUGCGUAAACAGCAACAUGCACGCCGGAUAUCCGGUUGGAGUGGAACAGGAUGUUACUGUACAACGCCGGAAAUUGGAAUGCCUGCAACAGAUUCAGCACUCGAACACUUCCGUGGAUUUUUGUCCUCAAAUUUGGGAUGGUAUUCUGUGCUGGCCCUUUACCUAUCCUGGGAACUUGCUGUCCCACGUCUGCCCUUCCUACAUCGUCGGCUUCAACCCAGAGAAAAUGGCGACCAAGCUGUGCACGACGGAAGGCUCCUGGUACGUUCACUCUCACACUAACGCCACUUGGACUAACUACAGCCAGUGUUACACGAGUAGGAUGACCAAAGUUGUCAUCCGCUUCCCCGAUCUCCAUAAUUCCUCACUGAUUUCACAAUACGUCCCGGCAGUGAAGACAGUGUCAAGAAUAGGCUAUGGAGUCUCUCUUGCCACACUCCUAAUUGCAUUCUGCAUAUUUGCUACUUUUAAGAAGUUGCGGUGUCCCCGUAACAAGCUGCACAUGCAUCUGUUUGUGUCCUUCAUCAUGAGAGCAUUCACUUCUCUGCUGAAGGACGCGCUGUUCGUGCGUGGGGUCGGCCUUCCGUCAGACCUGGCCUUCCUUCAAGGAGAAGCUUACUUCCUCCAUGACAACAAGCAUAAUUGGCAGUGCAAGUUGAUAGUGAGCCUGUGGCAGUAUUUCAUCAUGGUGAACUACUCUUGGAUCCUGAUGGAGGGAAUAUAUCUGCACAAUCUCAUCUUCCUUGCGGUGUUCUCCGACACAUCGAGCAUCACUGCUUACGUGAUCCUAGGCUGGGGUUUGCCGUUGCUGUUUGUGGUACCAUGGGUGACCUCCAGGAUACUCUGGGAGAAUACAUUGUGUUGGACAACCAACAAGAAUUCUAACCUCUUCCUACUUAUCAAGCUACCAAUUACACUGUCUAUAUUGGUAAACUUUGUGCUAUUUAUCAACAUUGUGAGAUUGCUUUUGUCCAAACUGAUGGCUGCGAUUUCAGAAGAGACAAGAAGAUUGAGAUACAGGAGAUGGGCCAAGUCCACUCUGGUGCUGGUGCCACUGUUCGGCGUUCACUACAUCGUGUUCCUGGUGAUGUCUUACGUCGGAGUGGACGAGGAGGUAGAACUGGUCUGGCUGUUCAUCGAUCAACUCUUCACAUCCUUCCAGGGAUUCUUGGUGGCUAUCCUGUACUGUAUCAUGAAUGGCGAAGUUCGGUCUGAGAUCGGGAAACAGUGGCACCGCCUGCCUCUCUGGAGGACUAGGGCAGCUUCCCUCCCCCUCCACGUGUUCCCGCAGCCCCACGGUGGAGGCUCCUACCUGGGGAGUGUCUUCCGGCGCCGCCCCAAACUCUACCAGUCCACCGGAAACAGUAGUAGGGAAAAGGACGCUUGCGCCACGACAAUGGUGUCUAGUGUUAACAAUGACACCCACGCCGGCUCCAUCUCUCUGUCACAUAUGUGACGACAUCAAUAGGGAGCAAAAAUUCGAAAUAUGAUUUAAAUGGUCUUGAAGUGCAAUGAAAACAUACUUUUCUUUCUAUUACUCUAGAGCCAAGUGGCAAUUUGCACUGUAUUGGCACACAGCCUGGGGUUUCUAGAACCUUUUGGAGGAAUUCUUCAUAUGAAAGUAAAUAAUCGUCAGCCACACAAGUUGUAAUUGAGGUCGAAAUGGGGAGGUGUCAGGAUUACAUAUAUGAAAUGAUAUUUUUAUAUUUUCACUAGCUUGAUACGCUUCAAACUUUUUAUUUAAAGAUCUCAAGGUUAGUUUUAAGUCUGUCAAGUUAAAAAAUACUCUUUAAAAACAAAAUAAUGUUUCAUAUGUUUUACGCUCUUAAUAAUCUCUCAUUUCACCUAUAAUAAAACUUGCGUUUUUUUCUUACACUUCAUGUCUUCUUGUCAACUUCAAGAAAAUCCACAUUAUGUACUUGUACAAUGCAAGUCAGCUUUACACUCCUGAGCUAUAUCAUUGUAGUUAGUAAAUAAUUCUUCGAAAUUUUAUAGAAAGAGUUUUCCAGCCAUAUGUUUGCUACUUCACAGAGAGCGUUUUCUUUAGUGUCUUUCACUACACUCGUUUAGUACUAUUAUAUUUCCAUUAUUAGUUAAAAAGAGAUUUCAAUGUCUAGUAUGUAUUAUUUACUUAUAUGUUUUAAUAACAGAAUUGAAAAUAAAAAACUUUCUAUCGCUAAAAUAAAUCGCUGUCAAUAAAAUAUAGUCGGUAUUUAAAUAAUUAAAUCUUUACACAAAUAGGGCUUAAAGGGUUACGCUUUAUAAACAAAAAAGUGUUUUCUAAUAUGAAGUUAAUAAUAUUGUGCUAUGAAAUAGUAAUCUUUUUAAAAUCAUCCAUGAUGAUGUACAGUGAUGCAUAUUAUAUUAAUAUCAUAAACAAUAUUAUUUAUAAAAAAUAUAAUAUGAUUUGAGCAGUUUUGAAUUAUUAAUAUUAAAAAUCAAAAUUUUUAUUUUUAGUUGUUUUUAAUUUCUUAUUAUGAUUAAAGAUUGUGAAGGGAACACAAUUUUUAAUCGUUUUUGUUAGUGAUUUCUUGCAUCACAGAACUAUCACAAAUGUCCGGAUGAAUCUGAUUUCAAUCACAAAGUUGUAUGCCAUUUUCUAGUAAUUAUACUCUAUACUAAAUCACGAGUUACAUAUCAAUCACCCAAAGAGUCGAUAUAUUUGUUCGGGCCGUCCAGUUUUAUUUUUCUGGUCCUAUCUAGCUCUUUCAAAUGGUUUUGAAUCAGAAUUAUGGGGUUUCCUGAUCCACUAGUAGAUUUUCCCUUUAACUAGAAGUUACAAUAAAAUUUCAGUUGCUAAAAAUCCUUUUUGGUGUUUACAACAUACAUUGAAAAUUGUUAUCAUCACGCUUAUUGAAUGUGUACAAAUCCUGUUAAUAAUGUUGUGUUAAUGUAAUUCAUAAUAAUAUUUAAGCGUGUUUGUACAAAAUGACAUAGUGUGCGUUUAAAUUUAAAAAAUAAAGGCUUUCUAUGUUCAUCUCAAUAAACGCAAUGUGUGUUUUUACUGUUUUGUGUCAAAUUUCUUAUAUAUUGCUAAGACUUGUUACAUGAUGUUCAGCUAUUUCUAUGCUAUUUUCAGUGGAAAUUUCAAAUGUUUUUCUAAGUGUCACUCUAUUUUUCGUUAUGUUUUUUUGGUAUCAAUUUACAAUAUCGUGACCAUGGAAAGGUAUGUUCAUUUUUUUUCCUGAAAACUACAAUUUUUCCUGAAAACAAUAGUGAAAAAAAAUUCGUCGGCAACGAA